AUGAAUCAUGAAACGCGACAUGCUGAGGCUGAACUUGUUGAGAUCAAGGUGGAGGCUAAAACCUCUGGCGGAUUGGAGCGUGCGUCAAUGUCAAUCAGAUCUAGGCCGUUGCAAGCCACUUUCACGGCUUGGGCCGGCCAUGAGAUUCCGCUUCGCGACGACACUCGCUGUUUUGGUACAUUGAGAUUAGUGGAUAGUCGUGAGGAGCACCCAGGUGUACUGCAAGAAUUCUCUGGCCCAGACAUGGAAUUCCACUUGGAUAGACAAGAUACCUACCUAGGUACAGGACAACCAGAUCCACAAUACGGAUACAUCGUUGUUUUACAACAAUGCGUUCACGGCCAGCAUUCCAAAGCAGAUCGCAAGACCGGAGCCUCUGAGAACCAGGGAGGAGAGAUAAAUGGCAAGGAAGAAAAGGCCGAUGGCAAAGAAUCCGUCGAGGCUAUCGAAAACCCAAAAAUAUCAUGGGUGGAAUCAGACAGUGCAGAAGCACUCUUUCUCCAAACAAGGGAUAAUAUUACGUUCGAGAGAGCAGGACUCAUUCAGUUUGGAGGUUCCAAUGCAGUUGGUCGGAUCCUCGAAGCGCAUUACAUCGCAGAAGAGAGAGUGAUCACGCUGGUCUGA